AUGGGACCACCAUGUGGGGACGAGUUCCUACGGAUGGGACCACCACCCCCAAAUCCAGGCUUAUGGAUGGGACCACCUCCCCCAAAUUCAUACCUAUGGAUAAGACCAUCUCAUGGGGACGAGUUCCUAUAGAUGAGACCACCACCCCCAAAUCCACGCCUAUGGAUGAAACCAUCUCAUGGGGACGAGUUCCUAUAGAUGAGACCACCACCCCCAAACCCACACCUACGGAUGAGAUCACCACCCCCAAAUCCACGCCUAUGGAUGAGACCACCUCCCCCAAAUUCAUACCUAUGGAUAAGACCACCUCAUGGGGACGAGCUCCUACGGAUGAGGCCACCCCCAAAUCCAGGCCUAUGGAUGAGACCACCACCCCCAAAUCCAUGCCUAUGGAUGGGACCACCUUUCCCAAAUUCAUAUCUAUGGAUAAGACCACCUCAUGGGGACGAGUUCCAAUAGAUGAGACCACCACCCCCAAAUCCACACCUACGGAUGGGACCACCACCCCCAAAUCCAUACCUAUGAAUCAGACCACCUCAUGGGGACGAGCUCCUACGGAUGAGACCACCUCCCCCAAAUCCACGCCUAUGGAUGGGACCACCACCCCCAAAUCCACGCCUAUGGAUGGGACUACCUUUCCCAAAUUCAUACCUAUGGAUGAAACCACCUCAUGGGGACGAGUUCCUAUAGAUGAGACCACCACCCCCAAAUCCACGCGUAUGGAUGAGACCACCUCCCCCAAAUCCACA